CUGUAUAACAGCUCCGCUUUGGCUGAAAGCACACCGUGGGGACUGCAAAAUAAAGUUUUUGUAGACAUUAUGCUUUUUUCGCAUGUUAAUACUGGAAGAGAAAGUCUACGUGCUAUGACAACGAAGACGUUAGAUUUUGGUGUUGACACCAAUGGGCGGGAAUAUGUCACAAUUCCAAGUCGAUUAAAUAAGAAAGACGAAUACAAUGAUAAAGUUGUUUUAUAUGCUGCCCCUGGAUUUGUAAAGUGUCCAAUCAGAUCAUUUAAGAAGUACAUGGCUAAACUCAAUCCUGAUAGUGAAUUAUUUUGGCAAAGACCUAAACGAGUGACAUUCGAAAUAACAGAGGAAUGUCCGGUCUGGUAUCAGGAUGCGCCAGUCGGGCAUAACUCGUUAAGGACGUACAUUGCAACGCUCUCCUCCGAAGCUGACCUAUCACAGGGAUAUACUAAUCAAAGUGUACGCCUUGCCGCUGCUUCGUUGAAGGAAGGCAAAGUAACAGAUUCACUGGCAUCAGAAGUUCUCAGUAUAAUUGCUCCGAAACAAGUCCAAUCAGUUGCUACACAGAAUAACAAUGGCAUGGUCACUUUAGUACUCUGCAAUCCAGGAAACCAGCCUGGUCAGGUAUUCACCUCAAACAAUGCAGUAAGGCAAUCAAGCAGUACUCAGCCAUCUUUUAUGAUUCAACGUCCACCUCAGACAACCUAUCAUCAGGCGGGUAAUACUCGACAACUAACUGCUUUACCAAACGCACCUCAGUUUUCGACACAAAGUAUCUCUCAUUCCUUGCAGCAAUCUGAAAAAUAUAUGCCCCAGCAACAUGUGAUGAGCUCCUCGCUGCAACAGAACACAGCAUCAAACCAGGCUUCUAUGUCAUCAAAUGGUCAACAGAUGAUCCCAACGUCUAUUCACCCCAUGGUGCCUCAAGUGAAAAACACAUCACGGCCGACUCAUGGCGCAAUUCCGUCAUUCUCUGCAAGCUUUUUGCCUCAAGCUACCAGUAUCCCACCUCCAUCAGUAUCACAACAACUGAAUGCAUCUAACGCCUCGCAAUCUGAUAAUGCUUCGGUGUCUACGACCACCAGGGCCUCUCAGCAGAAAUCAAACACUGUGUGUACGUGGGUUGUAAAUCCACACAGCAAUGCGGUAUUACCGAUGAAUUCCAAGGAUAAACAACCAGGAACACAACCUGUGCUAUUGAAUCACCAAACACAAACUGAAAAAGUCAUUAUGACUAACAAAGGCAUCCAAGCAGAUCUCGCAGCUGAGAAUCACACGGCACGGGGAAAUGCGCAUGUGUCAGAUACAAAUCUAUAUAAAUGUGAUGCAUGUGGUAUAAGCUUCAAUAACGCCAUGGUACAUGCCAUGCAUCAAAGCCUGCAUGCUAAGGAGGAACCGUUUCAAUGUAGCAUGUGUCGGAAAAGUUUUAGUAACACUGUAGAGUUCAAUGGACAUAUAUUUAGUUCACACCAGUAGGUGGCUAUUGUGCCCUCUAGAUAUCCUCCCCACAUCACUAGGUGGCUAUUGUGCCCACUAGAUA